AUGUCUCCCUCCUCACCCCCCACUAUCCACCCUAUCGCCAUCAUCGGCGGCGGGCCCGUCGGCCUCUCCGCCUCCAUACUCUUGUCUCUCCGCGGCAUCUCCAACGUCGUCUUCGAGCGGCACAGCGGCACAUCGAUCCACCCCAAAGCAUGCGGCAUCAACCAGCGCACGAUGGAAAUCUUCCGCACCAUGGGCCUCGAGCAGGCCAUCUACGCCGUCGCCGCACCAUCCGACAUCGCCGGCCGCACCGCGUGGUACACGGAUCUCGGGUCCUCCGGCCGCGAGAUCUACUCGCGCGACGCGUGGGGCCUGGGGCGGUACGCGGACGAAUACGCGUCGCACAGCCCGAGCCGCUACGCCAUCCUCCCGCAGAUACGGCUGGAGCCGCUGAUCUCGCGGCGCGCGAGGGAGCUGAAUCCGGGGGGAAUUCACUACGGGAUGGAGGUGACGGACGUCGUCGAAGCCGCGGACGGGGACCACGUCGUCCUGACCGUCAAGCCGACCAAGAGCAGCGACCCAGCAGACACCCAGGCCAUCCACGCCCGCUACGCCAUCGUCGCGGACGGCGGCCGCGGGCUGACGUCCCACCUCGGCGUCGCGUGGGAGGGCGAGACGGACAUCUUCCACAUGGUCACCGCGCACAUCCGGACCCCCCAACUCCGCCAGCUGCACCCCGACCCCAGCAACUUCCUGACCUGGUUCACGCACCCAAACAUGGGCGGCAGCACGCGAACGGGCUUCCUGUACCAGAUCGGGCCCUGGCCGCUGGCGGAGCACGCGCCGGAGGAGCAGGAGUGGGUUUUUGCGUGCGCGCUGAUCGCGAGUGAUCCGAAGGCGUUUGAUCGCGAGACGAUGGUGGGGAGGUUGCGGGCGACGCUGAAUUUGCCGGAGCUGCCGGUCGACAUCGUGAGUUUGAGCCACUGGAACGUCAAUGCUAUCGCGGCGGAGCGGUACCGCGUCGGGGGCAACGGGCGGAUCUUUCUGGCGGGCGACGCGGCGCAUCGCAUUCCGCCGUGGGGCGCGCUGGGCAUGAACACGGGUGUGCAGGACGUGUAUAACCUAGUCUGGAAACUCGAGCUGGCCCUCACGGACCCCGCGAAGUACGCCGGCGCUCUGCUCGACAGCUACGACGCGGAGCGCCGCCCCAUCGGCCGCGCCGUCGCCGCCUCCUCGCUACACAACCUGCGCAGCCACUCCCUCAACAUGGACCGCGCGCUCGGCAUGAGCGGCGACGCUUCCCCAGAGGCCAACGCCGCCGCUAUCGCGCCGUUCUUCGACGAGAGCCACCCCGAGCACAAGAGCAAGAAGGAGGCCGUGGCCGCCGCGCAGAAGACGCUGGAUACGGAGUUUAAGGCGCCCGGGACGGAGGUGGGCUGGUUUUAUCCGCAGGCGGACUUUUGGGGCGAGGGGGAGAAGACGAGGCAUGCGGGGCAGGUGAGGGAGGAUGGGGCGUUUGAGACGGAGUGGUAUUAUGCGUCGACGUUGCCGGGGCAUCAUUUGCCGCAUGCGUGGGUGGAGGGGGGAGGUAAAAGGGUUGCGUUGAGGGAUCUAGUUCCGGCAAGUAAGUUGUUGUUGGUGGUGGGGAAGAGGACGGGGUGGGAGGGGGUUGAGGGGGAGUUGGUAAGGGUGGAGGUUGUUGGUGAGGGGGGCUGGAGGGAUGUGGAUGGUAGUUGGGCGAAGCAGCGUGGCGUUAGUGAAGAGGGUGCGGUGCUGGUGAGGCCGGAUGGCAUUGUGGCGUGGCGAGGGGAGAAGGAUGAUGGGCUUUUGCAGAGGUGGCCUGAGAUUUUGGAUAAGGUGCUUUAUUUGUCUGCGUCUGGUUGA